CACUCCAUGGGAUCUCGGUCCCCAUCCAACAAUCAAUUAAACCCAAACAAAAGGCCAUCCUUGGUUCCACACUGCCCCUAGGCCCUACCUAGAGAAAGAGGGAGAGAGAGAUAACACUAUAAUACAAGAGAGAGAAGGUAAGAUAGAAGCAAGCAUGGAACCUCACAUGGAGAGCGCGCUGCGGCAGGGUCUGUCGGAGCAGGAGCAGCGCGAGCUGGAGGGCGUGGUGCGCGAGCACCACACGUUCCCGGGCCGCGCGCCGGGGACGUGCACGUCGCUGGUGAUGCAGCGCGUGGACGCGCCGCUCGCCGUCGUGUGGCCCAUCGUGCGUGGUUUCGCCAACCCGCAGCGUUACAAACACUUCAUCAAGUCCAGCGACCUCAAGGUCGGCGACGGCUCCACCGUCGGCAGCGUCCGCGAGGUCACCGUCGUCUCGGGCCUCCCGGCCUCCACCAGCACCGAGCGCCUCGAGAUCCUCGACGACGACCGUCACAUCCUCAGCUUCCGCGUCGUCGGCGGCGACCACCGCCUCCGCAACUACCGCUCCGUCACCUCCGUCACCGAGUUCCAGCCGGGCCCCUACUGCGUCGUCGUCGAGUCAUACGUCGUCGACGUCCCCGAGGGCAACACUGAGGAGGACACGCGCAUGUUCACAGACACCGUCGUCAAGCUCAACCUCCAGAAGCUCGCCGCCAUCGCCACCACCUCCUCCUCCUCUUCGCCGCGGCCCUCCGCCGGCACCCCGGAUCACUGAUCCAUCGGGUUCCUGUCUUCGUCAUGGUGUGCUACACACAUGAAUGCUUGCGCGGUGCCAUGG